GAGGCAACAAGGUUAUGUCUUUGAAUAUUCGCCUAUUUAGGCACUCUUUGCCAACUUUUGCAAGGAUUUCAUUGGGGAAAAAAGUCAAUAUGAAGCCUUGCCAAGCUAUAAGGAGUUUGUCUCUUUUUACAAUGAUUACUAUGCAUCGGUUUUGGAGUGUUGGAGCUAAAAAUUGUACUAUCAUGACGACAAGACAACGWUUUACUCARAUGCUAGGAGUCACUGAACAGGGACAUUGUGCUUGCGCUAAAAGGGACAUAACAACAGAAGCGACACCACCAACUCCACCAAAAGAUCCAAGUACAGUUAACAUAGAAGAAUUAAAAGCAAUGAUAGCUGCAAAUGACAUUCAGCUGAUAGAUGUUCGAGAACCGUACGAGCUGCAAGAAUCGGGAAAAAUACCAAAUUCUGUCAAUGUACCGUUGGGUGAUAUUCCAGAUGCUUUCACCAUGAAGCCCAAGCAAUUCAUGGAAAAAUACAAUGCCAAAAAGCCAAAGCGAAAAGAUGCAAACAUUGUAUUCCACUGCAAGGCAGGGAUUAGGAGUAAACACGCUUUGAAUCAAGUCCAUCAAUUGGGAUUUAAAAUGAGCAGACACUAUCCUGGUGGCUUUGAUGAYUGGGAAACAUGCCUGAAAAGAGGCAAUCAGUAAAAUGGAAAUUAAGCUCUUCUUUAUAGUUCAUCACAUGUCAAAUUUAUUUAAAACAAUUGUUAAAACUCAUCUGUUUUGUACAUUUUACUUKUUACUGGCUUAGAAGAAAAUUGAAAAAAAUGGGAUAACAUGUUUUAAAUACCACACUAAUGUGUAUAUUCUCCAGCGCCGAUUGGCUGAUUAGAGUGUGUCAAAUAAGAGGACAUACAUACUGUGCAAACAUGAUCACAUCUCCUACYUGAGGAGAAAAAAAAGAGAUGCCAAUAAAAAAAACAACAAAUUGUACGCAGUUCUUUUAUUAUAUGUCCUUUUAUUGACACACUCUUGACGUCAAAAAAUGUUCAAAACUUCAAAGUGAACCCACUUACUGCACUCUUUGUUUGGUCCACUUGAGUUUUUAAAAUUUUAUGAAAUCCAGACUGUUUCAAAAAAAAAGAACAAUCAACUCCAAACCGUUUACAAUUUGUUCGAUUUUAAAUUUUGUUCCUUUUUCACAAUUUUACAGACAUUUUUUURCCUAAAACUAGAAAGCUAUGAAACGCUCCUUGUGAACAUCAUGAAAACAUAUGGUAGCUUUUUGGUAAAAUUAUUGUUAUAUUUCAGUCAAAAUAGACAUURCCUUCAUAAAGCUUUAAUUAUUUUCAGAAUACAUUAAAGACUAAUAAUAGCU